AAACUUCGGAAGUUCUGAGAUGUAUUUCCAGGGAAAGCGACAGUGCUGGAGGUUGGGCAGCAGGUUGGAAUAUGUAGAGAGUCUAGCGCGUAUGUGCUGAAGAACAAUUAUUUUAAUAAUUUUAAAAAUAAAGCUGAAUCAUACAUGUUACAUUACAACACUGAGGAUGGAAAAUAUUUGGCAAGUAAUCUAGCGGAUCCAUUAAUCCAGGCAUUGACCGAAAUUGUUGACAAGAGGCCUGAUGAUCCUAUUGAGUACUUAAGCAUUUUUCUUCAGGAUUACACUGAACGUGGUGCUGUUAAUGUGAGCGUUGAAACUAAUCCUAAAGUAACUGAUUGCUCAUAUUUUCCUGCAGAAAAUCCAAAACCGAGUGCAAGAAGUAUUGAAGCACCGUUUCGAGUGUCUGAAUUUGCAUUUAGUAUUGGAAAUGAUAUUACAGAUGAUGAUUCAAGUUUAUCAGACUCAAACAUUUUAGCAGAUGAAAGGGACGAACAUGGUCAAAGUUUGUUACACUUUGCAUGUGCUAGAUCACACAGUCGAAAUGCUCUAAUUGCCUUAAUCGAUGAAUCAAAUAUUGACAUCACAUACAGGGACGAAUUGUAUCGCACAGCAAGAGAUGUAUCUCUUCAAGCUAAUCAACCUGAAAAUGCUAAAGAAAUCGACAGAUACAUCAUCGGUUUGGCGACAACUGGAGAUGAAAAAGUUUUUCAGCAUAUGCUCAUUAAUGGUUAUGAUCACAUUUUGGAUAUAGAGGAAGAAGGUGAUACUAUUGUUGAUAUAUGCCGCUUGCGUAAAAAUUCUGAUCUCGUCAAAUUUCUGGAAAAUGUUAGACCUUUUGAAGAAAGAAGAGAAAAAAUUCAUGCAAACAUUCGUACUGGUCAACUGAGCGUUAUUAAAACACUAUUGACCACGAACAACGGUUCCCAACUAUUGCAAGCGAAAAAUUACUAUGGGCGGACAUCCCUUCAUAUAGCAAUUCUAAAAGAAAACGAAGAUAUUGUCGAAUAUAUUACUAGUAAUGUUCCGGAAACGAUUAGAAUUGGCGAUAACUUGGAACGAAUGCCAUUACACUACGCCAUGGGAAUAAGUAAAGUUGAAAAAUUAUGUAGAAUUUUAAUUAACAAAGGCGCCAAGAGAACUGCGAAGGACUUAAAAGGCCGUCAACCAAGCUACUAUUUUAUAAAUAAAUCAGAUAUUUUACGGCUUCAAGAAGAAGAAAAUGAAGAUCAUUAAAAUCAAAAUUCAAAAAUAAUAUCUAAGGAGCAAUCAAUCUAAGGAGAAUAAAUGAAAUAUACAUACAUAUAUAAAAAAACAACCAAAUGAUAUUAUAUGAUGUCUUAUUAAGGGGGGAAUGCAUAGAAAGCAGAAAUAGUAUAUGAAUAUGAAAUAAAAAUAGCAAAAAAAAAACAAAAAAAAAAUAAUGAAAUGAAUAUUCCAAGGAAAUUUAGUGAAAGUUUUCAAACCUUAAAUUUAUUUUUUGUUGUGAAUACCUAACUAGGAUGCCCUAGUUAGGUAUUCACAACAAAAAGUAAAGAAAAUUUUAUAUUUGGUGCUUCAGUUUUUGGCAACUGCAUAAAACUAAAAAAGAAACCGGAAUAGACCACAUUUGAUUUUCGCAAAUAUGAUCCUGCAAAAAUGUGGUUUGAAAAAAAAUUGUAUCAUAUUACCAUGCACAAAUAUUGAACAACACUUCUAUAGAAUUAUAAGUUUUUAUGAUUUAUCAAAAUUAUUUAACUUUACCUUAUUUUAAAUAUUGAAUUUCUAAUGUUCCUAUCUUUUUUAGAUUUAUCAUAAUUUCUAGCACUUAUGCAAAAAAAAUUGGAAAAAAGUUAACCGAAACUAAUCGGUCUGCUUAUCUGUCAUUGUAUCUGACAAACCUUUAGAUAGAAGAUCUCCAAGAUGAACAACUGAAAUUUUUGGACUAUUAAUUGUAACGAAUUACAAACAUUUUCUAAAUUAUUCAAACAUUAAAAUGUAUUGACUGGCUUUUGUCGGAAAUAAAUAUUAAAAUUACAAGUCAAAUUUGAAUUGGACAAAACUGUUUUUUUUUUUUUUUUUCAAUUUUUGAUGUUGUCUUCCCCUUAAAGUGCCGGAUAUUUUUUCAGUUUUUAGGCACAAAUAGAAAGUAUAGUUCAAAGAAUUUGUUUUUUUUACCUACAUUCGCUACCAGGCUUACGUCUGCAAAAUUCGAAUUUUCGGUUUUCGAAAUUUCCAAAAAACAUAAAGCUAGCGGACAAUUCCUUGCCAUAAAAAGUAUAAUUAUUCACAUAAAAUCACAUUUGUAAGUUUGCAUAAUACAAAUUAAAAGAGGCACACUGCAUUUUUU